AUGGAGACAGCCACGGGCAUGAAGAUGGCCACACCACCAGCGAGCCCGGUGUCCAGCCUGACGCCGGCGUCACAGCAGCCGGUCGGCACAUGGGCAACGCCUGACGAUUGGAUCAAGUUCCGGCCCAUCAUCACCCAGCACUACCGGGACGAGAACAUGAAGCUCAAGGAGCUCAUCGCCUUCAUGGACAAGACGUACGGGUUCAGGGCGACGGCAAAGAUGUACAAGGACCGCCUGACAAAGUGGCGUAUUUCCAAGAACGUCAGGGCCAGCGACAUCACCACCAUCGUGAGGAAGGACGACAGCGUAGGCGGCGAUGCAUCAGCGCCCGAGUUCUACAAGGUGGGCGACCGUCUCAUCCGAGCCGACAGGCUGCAGCAGGCCAUGCAGAGGAGGGCCACCGUCGCCCGGCGAGCCCUGAAGAACGACACCAAGACCCGGGGCAGCGCAAGUCCGAGUCCCGGCUGGGACACACUGGCGUCCGGCCCGUUUUCGCCCUGGGACUUUGCCCAGUUCACCUCGCCUUUGUCGCCGCAGGUCAGCCUGCCCGACAACAUCCGGAUCCCCGAGAGCAUCCUGCUGCACAGCAGGGGAUACGUGCUUGGCACGUUCGAGACCGCCAAGACGGACGGUGUGAUUGUCGACAUCAAGCUCGAGGGGCCGGUGCAUCGAUGCCACAUGGCCUUUGAAGAGACACUGGCCAACCUCAGCCUCAUCUCCGGGCUCGACCGGGUCGCGUUCAAGUCGCUGGACGGGGCAUUCGACUUGAUCAGGCCGUGCCUCCUCGACCGGGACCCGCAGUUCAUAGUCGUGCUCAUGCAGAUCAUGUCCCUGUGCAUCUGGUUCAAGAAGCCGGACAUCAUGCACAUGCUGGUGUCGUACCUGCACGACCUCAGCAAGGUGGUGUUGGGGCCGAGCCACCCCAUCACAUUGAUAUGCAGGGACCUGAAGCUCGCCGACGUCGAGACGAGCCGCAACAUCUGCAAGCUGGCGGCGGAGGCGGCGUGGCACCAGUUCCGGGGAUACCUGUACCCGUUCAAGAUUGACUCGUUCGUGCGGCUGACGGCGACGUACGCGGACAUCCUCGACUCGCUGCGCCUCAACGACGAGCGGGAGGCGUUCCUGCGGUACGUGGUCGGCUCAUGUGACCCGGAAAUCGUGCCGGUGGAGCAGCGGCUGCACCUGGAGCUUCACCUGAUCAUGUGCCUACGGCGGCAGGACAAGUUCCCCGAGGCGCUGCGGAGGCUGGACCAGGUCCGGCAGGACAUCAUGGACAACGAGCCGACGCUGAUGCGGGAGAGCGAGGAGCGGUGCGUCGAGCUGACGUACCAGGCGCUGCGCAUCAACGGCAUGUGCGAGUGCGACGGCGGCGACGCCGACAAGGGCAAGAGCUUCUUCAGGGAGGCCUUCGAGCUGAUGCAGGAGAAGCAUGGGCCGUACAGCCCGAGGACAACCAGGGCGCUGCGGGACCUGGUGCGGUACAGCGGCCACGACGAGGAGCUGGUAAGAGACCUGGAGGAGCGCCUGACGCGCUUCAACCUGGACGCGGACAAUUUCCCUUGA